AUGAAAUACCUUGUAUUAACUUUUUAUUUAUCUAGACUCAUAAUAUUUAGUUUAAGACUUUCUAGGUUUAGCACAAAAUCCUUAGUAAAGAAAGAAUUUAAUUAUGAAUUUAUUAUAAUAUGCAUAAUAUAUAUAUUAAUAAAUUUUAUAUUGGCAUUCACUUUGUUAAAGAAUUUUGGAGGCCUUCAGUAUGAGCUUAAGUUAAAUUUUAAAGGAUUCAUUACCAUCACAUUUUAUAUACUCUAUGGACCAGAAUUUUCUUCAGAUGGUUUAUUUAUUUAUACAGUUGAAAAAAAUGAGCCAGUUUCUAAAUCAACCAAAAGUUAUAAUAAUUUAUAUUCUAAUGGAGAAAAAUACAGGAGGGUAAUGAAAGUAUAAAUUAUAAUAAAAAUACAUUAACAAUAAGUUAGGAAUGCUUCGGACCAAAUAAAAGCUUAUUGUGGAUUUAAAAAUUAUUAUGUAGCUGUUCAUAAAUGUUAACCUUAUUGUUUAUAAUGCUUAAAUGAAACUAAUGGAGUAGCGAUUAUGGUGCAAAUGUUGUUAAAUUUUCAUAAGAAGAGUGUUUGA